AGUGGGAUCCAUGUUAUAUUUUAUAACUACUUCAUAAUUUUAUUUCAAUUACAAUUAUUAUAUCUAGGAUUUAUUUGACCAUAUAUAUGAAUUCCCUUUUUUUUUUGUAGUUUUUUUAUUUUUUUUUCUGAUUUUGAAAGACAUAAUUUCACUCUAAAAUAUUUAUAUAACAUUAAUGAUAAUCAUAUUUAAUGUCUUUCAUCAUCAAUCCUAUUAAUUCCUUUUUCCUAAAACUUUUCAACUUUCUGCUAAAUGCUUCACCAUUGCACCUAAUUUUUUUGUUAUAGUGCUAGUAAAUAAAAGUAAUAAAGAGUAAAUUGCAACCGUUUUAAUUUCUUCAGCUGUUAUAGAUUUGUCUAUAUAUGUCUUUUCUUUUGGAAUUUUAAUUAUAUUUUAUUCAAUGUAAUCAAAAUUUGCAGGUAAAUAAGAAUAUUAGUUUAUUUUGGAAUUUCAACUAUUUCGUUAGUUUUAUCUUUGGUAUUUGCAGGCAAAUAGGUGCAAGAGGAAAAUGUAAGUAAUUUUUGGUAAGUAAAAUUAUGUGCACCUUUUAUUCCUUGUAAAUCUGCUUUGUUCCCACUUUCUUAAGGUUUAUAAACUCAAAGUAUUUGUUAUUGUUUUUGUCAAACAUCCUGAUGGCUACCUAUUUGAUAUCCUCCCGACUAAAUUAUUUUGCCAAGUAAUGCAUUGUGUGGGUGAUCUUGAACGCUUUAUCAAAUUCUAUGGAAAGCAAGAUCAACGUUGGUGCUCUCUGUUUGACAACUUCAUCAUCUUUCCCAAGAAAAUAAGGUUUUCAUUGAAAAUUUCUAAUGCAAUGUUGAAUCGUAUUUGUAAUGAUGUGAAUGAUUCGAUGUUGCGAGUGAAAUUGCAAUGCAAACAUGGUGACUUACAAUUAGUGCAAACUUCAUGGUCGGAGCAUAAUCCAACUCAAAGAUUUUGGUGUUGUCCACGCUAUCGUGAGGAUGCAUGCAACUUCUUUAGAUGGAGGGAUCGCCAAGAAGUUGAAUACGAUGCAAGUACGUUAUUUUGAGAUUAGCAAAGAGAAUUAAGGAGUUGGAAGAAGUAUUGACAUUUUAUGAAAGCCGUAUUGAAAGUUACCAAGACGUGAUGAAGGAGAAAAAUAAGAGCAAAUAUUGUAACUUGAAGCUAAUUGUCUUGAUCAAUAUUGUGUGUUUUCUAUUUUCAAGUCUAACCAAAAAUGUGAAGGAUGAAAGUUGUAGGUGUGAGCAACCAAAUUUUCCUUAAACAUCUUUAGAUACUUUCAAGUUUUUGAAGUCAUAAGUGUGUGUAACUAGAAACUAAUUGUCUUGAUCUUGCUAGUUGUAGGUGUAUGUAACUUGAAUGAUGGAAGUUGUUGAAUGCUCAAGUUUUUA